CUGGUAGCAUUUACUUGGUUGUAGUGUUGUUAUUUAGACGUUUUACGAAUUUACGCUUUUUCUUUUAAGUUUACAGUAGCUUUCGUACAUAAAAAUGGUUAAAGCUUGGUAUAUGGAUAAUGAUUUAAGCGAUCAACGCUUAGAACAUCAUAGGAAUCCACCAGAAUUUGUAUCUCUCGAGGAUUUGUAUAAGAAAACUGGAGUGGAAUAUUUUAGCAUUAAUGUGAACACAUACAACAGUGAUGGCGUUUUGGAUAAAAUAAAGAAAGACAGAGGCUAUACAUAUGAAGAUGAAAUAGUCUGCUCAAAAGAGUGCCUUCCAAAUUAUGAAGAAAAAAUCAAAUCAUUUUAUGAAGAGCAUCUUCACACCGAUGAAGAAAUCAGGCUUGUACUGGAAGGCUCUGGUUACUUCGAUGUGCGAGACGGCAAAGAUCAGUGGAUCCGCAUUGCCGUGUCCGCUGGUGACAUGAUUGUUAUACCCAGCGGUAUCUAUCAUCGGUUCACUCUUGAUACUAAUAAUUUCAUUCGGGCUAAACGGUUUUUCAUUGGUGAACCGGUAUGGCUUCCAUACAAUCGCCCGGCAGAUGACAUUCCUUGCAGAAAAGACUACUUAGAAAAGCUAGAAAAGGGCUUCGUGUCUGCAUACUAAAAUAUUGCCAUACUUUGUAGAUAUAUAUUUUAUAUUACUGCUAUAUACCUACUGUUCUAAGUGACUACAGACAGCAUAGCUAUAUAAUUGUAUCUGUUCUUAAAAAAAAGUGACUAAUUUAAAUCGACAAGUAUAGUACGAUACACAUUAUUAGGAAUACCUCAAAAUUUACUUAUCAGAUCUGGCUCAAAUUUAAAUGAGGCAACACUACAAGCGCUAGCUUUUGAAUUAAAAAAAGAAUUGUCAAAAUCAGCACCAAAAAAUAUACUCGAAUUGAGAGUCUCUUCCUUUUUUUAAGUUGUUUACAAAUAUGGUUUAUCCUUUUUCUACAUAUAUGGAACAUAAAUGGAACCAUGGUGGAUCUUUUGUGUCAUAAUUACAAUGUCGUUGAGCUUCUUUCAUUCUUUGACGUAUUUUAUAUCAGAUCAUAAUGUUUCAAGGCCUACAAAGGUUAAAAAGAAUUUAAAAUUUAACAGGAAUAUAUAUAGCAUGAUAAGCAUGUUCAAACAAAUGUAAAUUUCUCUGCCUUGUGUUACAUAUUAACAUAGAUAAAUAUUCGAUAUUUUCGCAUCGCUGUUUGUCACUGAGGACUGAGGGUAAUAGAAAGUGUUAUAUAUCGAGAGAAUUUAUUUAGUAUACAAUUAUUAAAUAAUCCAUAUUUUAUUAAAGACAU